AUGGAGACUGAUAGUGAAAGCGAAUUGGCUGGAAUAAGCUCUGAUGAAAUUCUAUAUCUCAUGAAAGAGUUACAUGAUACCACUAAGAAGAGGAGUGUUCUCUUAACUUUGAAGAGUACUCUAUCUGAAUGCAGUGACGACACUAUCCAGAAAUGUUUGGUAAAUGACUCUACUUUCUGGAAUGAUGUUUUUCAUGGUCCAACAGAUCUUCUUUAUGAUGAGGAGGUGGCAGCUGCUAUCAACUAUUUGGUGAGCAGGGCAACCUCUUUGGCACUGAGAAAGCAGGACAGAAAUCAGCUUGAGAAUUUUUGCCUCACUCUUUCUUCGACCUUAAUGUCAGCGGAACUUUUAUCUACCUGCUUGGCAUCCGAGAUUGAACCCGCAGAAUUUAAGUCUCCAGUCCUUGAGAUGAUAACGAACUACCUGGCCUGCUUACUAAAAUUGGAUAAUAUAAGCAACGCGACAUCGACUACAUUAAUUUCAGGCACCUGUCUAAAGCUCAAGGAAAACGGGUUUUUACGGUCCGUUAGCGCUUUGGUAGAUGCCGGUGACGGUCAACAUAUACACAAUCUCGUACGCAACAAAUUAGCUCCCACAUUAUUAGAAUUGCACAACCGAUUAGCGUCUCGUACAGCAGGUAAUUAUCCUGGCCCAGUUGGUGCAACACUAUCCAAACUAAUGGAUAGCUUCUUCAGGCUGGAUGUCUUUGCUUUGGAAAAAUUUCUGAGUGUCAAUGAAGAGUUUCGCGAUUUUUCCAAAUUAACACUAUUGAAUACGAUAGAUCUCGUCACUUUUUUCCAGAAUAGCAACCUUUCAUUCAAGAAAAAAUUCACAGAGCGGUUGCUGUUCGAAGACGAUGCUUUUCCGAUUGUGUUAGCUCUAACGCUAAUCUCCAAUGAGCUUCACAACUUUUACGUCAGUAAAUCAACCGAAAAUAAAAGCAAUGAAGAUUUAGUUACUCAGUGUAUUUUGCACCAUGAUAUUUUAAUCUUCGCUUCUAUGAAUAAACUAUUAGAGUUAUGGGUCGCUUCACGGGCACAAGAUGCCGAAGAUUUGAGGUCUCUUUUAGAUCUUCUCAACAUUGCUCUCUUUGAAUCAGAGCAAUCGUUAGGAAGUACACAAAUCAGCAUGAAAACGUGCCUUCAAAACCUUAAGAUCUUGUCUUACAGUGAUUUAAGAAAACUGCAGGUCAACAAGAUACGAAAUUCUCAUUACAGGAGUUGGGACAAGCAGGUAUCACAAUUCGAUGCAAUGCUUUCAAACCAGGUAUCAGAAUUUGUUUGCCAUCAAAGGUUACUUCAACUUCGAAAAGGUGCAUGGGUAUACUCAGAAAACCCACUGGACAAUAACGUCAAGCAUCCCAAGGUCUAUUUUGUUGUUCUUUCGGAUAAUCAAAUGAGUUUACUGGCGAGGGAGUACAAAAAUAGAAGUGAAGAGAGUCCAACUGUACAAGGUAAUGACAUUACCAGUGGACAAGAUGGCUCCCCUUCAAAAUCCAAAACUACGAUGAUUCCCUUAAAAAAAAUCGCACAAUUUCAACAUUGGGAAGUUCACGCGGAAAAUAGGGUUCCAAAAGAUGCAAAACUAAUCAACAUCCUGAACAAGACAGUUUAUACUGAAGUACAGAUACUUGAUAAAGAUGCCAACCGACUUUUAAAGUUUUACUUGGAUACCAAGGAGGCCUCUUAUAUAUGGCUUGAUGGUUUGAAACUCAUUGCCUCUGCUUCAACAAAUAAAAAGUUCUCACUCAGUAAGGACACGAAAUCACAGAUCGAAACUUUGAUAGAUUUGAGAAAAAAUGUACAAAUGAUAGGUUUGGAUGACCAAAGCGACCUAAAUUUAGCGGAUAUUGAUUCGGAAAGCGAGGAGCAGUACUAUAAUCUGAACCAUUUGCAAAAAAUUUCCACCAAUUUCCACUACGAAUGA